GUCAGUGUUGAGGAGCCGGCGGCAGGCGGGCGGCGGGCGGCGGGGACUUGUUGUUCUUGGUGAAGUCGAACCGGAGCUCGAGGCGGAGGCGGCGGCCGAGGGGAAGCACCCGAGGAGGAGCGCGCGAGGAAAGCGGGAGCCCGCGAGGAGCCGUCGCGCCCCGGCCCCGCGCGACGCCCGCCAGCUGCCAUUUCCAAGUGCUUCUGUCCUGGUGACUGUGCCCGGGUUAUGACGACUAAUCCCAAGCCAAACAAGGCAUUGAAGGUCAAGAAGGAGGCGGGUGAGAAUGCCCCAGUGCUCAGUGACGAUGAGCUGGUGUCCAUGUCGGUGCGGGAGCUGAACCAGCACCUGCGGGGACUCACCAAGGAGGAGGUGACGCGCCUGAAGCAGCGGCGCCGCACCCUGAAGAACCGAGGCUACGCUGCCAGCUGCCGCAUCAAGCGGGUGACACAGAAGGAGGAGCUGGAGCGCCAGCGGGUGGAGCUGCAGCAAGAGGUGGAGAAGCUGGCCCGAGAGAACAGCAGCAUGCGCCUGGAGCUGGACGCCCUGCGCUCCAAGUACGAGGCCCUGCAGACCUUCGCGCGCACCGUGGCCCGAGGGCCUGUCACGCCCACCAAGGUGGCCACCACCAGCGUCAUUACCAUCGUCAAGUCGGCCGAGAUCUCCUCCGCCUCUGUGCCCUUCUCGGCCGCGUCCUAGUGCCUGCUGGGGGGCCGGGUGGGGGCAGCGGCAUGGCUCUCCUGCCUGCCCUAAUGUCCCUGGCACAGACUCUGACCUUCCAGCCAUGGCACACCCUGCGGGGGCCCAGGACAGGGACAGCAGACGCAGGAUGAAAAGUAGGCUCUUGUGAGCUGGGUGCCACAUGCUGCCCCCCCCCCACGCACGCAUACACACACGUGCACACACUCUCACACCCGUACUUUCCCCCCUAAAUGUGUGUUUCCAGGAAGUGUGGUCACCCCGGUGGGUUCUGCCUUUCCCCAUGGGGUCUUCCAGGAAGAGCAGCCCUAGUGCUAGGCCCCUGUGGCCUUGAGCGGGGACUCAGCCUUCCAGUCCUUCCACAAGCAGCAGCCAUCAGCCCUGUUCCGCUGUGCCCGGCAGGGGGCGGGGGAUGGGGUCAGCGGGGUUGGCUGGGGUGCAUGCACCUCACCACACACCUCUGCCUGGGGACAGGACAGGGGGCCUGUGGGCAGCUCUGGUCUUCCAGCUUUCCCUGUCAAUGUUGCUAUGGCCUGCUUUAGCCCCUUGCACCCGGCCUGUGCCUCCAGAGGGGGUGAGGGGAAGGUGGGCCUGGGGUGCCUCCCUGUGUCAGUGCACGCCUGCAGUCACAGCCCUUCUGCAUCAGCACCGGGGUGCCGGAGGACCAGCCUGCCUGCCGCUGGGGGGUGGGGGUGGGGGAGGCAUCCAGUAUGUGUGCAGAGAGUUUCGUGGAUGUUGUGAAUUCUCGCAGUGUUCUGUGACCCAGCGAGGCCUCUGGUGGGGUGCAGGAGCCGGCCAGCCCUCCUGCAUCUCAGCAGGGACAGCUGUGGAGUGGGCAGCUGCUCGCCCUGCUCUGAGGGAGGAGAAGGUGAGCAGCCGCAGGAGGCCGGGGAAUCGUGCUAGAGGUGGACGUGCGAGUUCAGGACUUUGGUUCCUGCAGCUGGGGGAGAUGGGCAAGGAGGAGGGCAGGCAGGUGGGGUCCAGGGCCCCGGGCUGUGGAGGAGGCCAGAGGGGUACAUUGGGGAGGGUCAGGGGGCACAGGCAGGAGAGCCUCAAGGACUUGCCUCCUGGGAUGCAGUCACCCAGGUCCUUUGUUCUGAUUGUCAGCUGGUGUUUGCAUCUGCGCUGUCCUGGGACAUAGAGGGGUGGUGGCAGCCCACGGAGCCUCCCUCAUGCUGCCAACCAGAAAGCAUGUGUGGCAGGCAGAGGCCAGUCCCCUUAGGCCUGUCCCCUCACACCAGCAGUAUGAGUCCCCCCCCCCCACACACAGAUUGCUAAACUGCUGGGCAGGGACUGGCCACAUCAGGAUGAGGGCAUGGGACCCACACCCCCAGGGGCGGCCAUGUGCUCUUGUGUCCGAGAUGACGCUGGAGUCCUCUGUGGCACAGCCCUGUGUGGCUCAUCACCUCCUAGGCCCUGGGGAUUGCAGGAGGCCAGGCCAAGCCGCAGCCCAGCCCCUUGCAGGGGCCUACGGGCGCUUAGGAAAUGCCAUCGUGCCAUAGCCAUGGUAGGUAAUCCAUAUUGGAUAUCAAUAGGACCGUGGGAAGUAUUUAGAAAGAGAGAAUCUAUCUAAUUAUAUACACAUUUUAUCAUAUAGAUUUUUCAGAACAGUUUUCCAGUUUGAUACUGUAGUUCUCUACUAGCAUGGAGUUGGCCAGACGGUGGGUGGGGUAGGGCACAGGACCCCUUCCCCCCGACUUCCACAGACUGGCCGCUCUUUGUGGACCCUGCUCCGCGGGUGGGCCUGCUGGGGUGGAAGAUCUCUCCAGUCUUGGGGUCUUAGCACCCCACCUCACGGGACUGCGGCAGGCAGGUGACUGCUCUCAGCCUCUGGUGCUUUGCUAAAGAUGGGGUUCCUUACCCUCUGCCUCUGGGGCGACCCGCCCAGCCCCUCCCAGGCCACCCAACAGGUGCCCUCUGCUUUAACUUCAGAUCACUGACAUUUUGUUGUCACGAUUUAAUAUAUGGAUUUAUUUUUUAAUUUAAGAAAACAAAACAAAAAACAAAACAAGAACCUCUCUGUGGCAUGGGUUUCUUUUCUGUCUGGUGCCUCCACUCCCCAAAGAAGUCAAGCUUUGCUUCUGAGGUGUCGGAGGCCGGUCCGUGAUGGCCCUGGCUUCCCUGGCUUCUGCCUUGGUAGUUUCAUUUCAAUAUUUAUUAUUUUUUUGUGCUGCUUUUUCCCACGAUAUAAAUUAUUGAGAUCAUAUGCUGUGCUUCCCCCCCACCCCCCCACCUAAUUUAUUGCUGUACAUGUUGCGCUGUGACUACUUUUUAUACCCUUGCAAUAAAGAGUUUCCUGUUUCA